AUGGUGUUGGUUGGCGCUCGCAAGGAACGAACGCACUUUCUGAUUGGGGCUCGAGUGCCGUCGAACGGCUCGCUGCUCGCCACUCGGAAGAAAAAGACGAAGCGUUGCACAGCGCACCGCAGUGGUGAUAGCGUAGAUGCUGUUCGUCAAGCUGAAGCUGAUGCUGAGCGUGCCCCGAUGAAAUCCAACAGAGCUCAGUGCCUUUUUCCUUUCACGGCUGGCAGCGUCGGACACUGUGUUGCUGUGCCUGCAAAAAUUUUCUUGCAGAUCAAGCUUGUGCGAUCCUGUGCGAACGAUACCAUUCCGAAAGACUCCCUCGCAUCCUUCUUCUCCUCACCACCACCUUCAUAUCCCUCCCUCUCGCCCCACCUCUGGCGAUCCGCUUUCAUUACACAGAGCUACGUAUAG